CCUGAUCGAUCAGAUAUUAGUAUUAGCAGCACAUAUUUGAGCAUCUUUGGCUCAAAGGAACAAGGAGUAUGUAUAUUAGCUCUCUCUUGGCACUACAAUAAGAAUAACAAAAACAGAUUAGAAGUUUAUUAUAAGUGAAUACUGAAUCACAAACCAUCAUUGGGUAACUCUAUAAAUUUAGAAUAUAUAUAUAUAUUCUGGAAUAUACCCCAUAUAAGCUGAAAGGGCUAUUUUCUUCUCUUCUGGAGUAAUUACUUAAGAUGUUCGACAGAACCAAACUCUUACCACGAGACACUUGUGAAUCCAACAGCACGUUCAAGGAUGAGGACAUGCCAGCCAGAAUCUCAGCCGUGUUUGUUGUAUUUGCACUUUCAUCUCUAGGAUCAUUUUUUCCAUUAAUUGCCAAACACUGCUCUUUUCUUCGGUUACCUAGUUGGGUAUUUUUCAUUACUCGCUACUUUGGUAGUGGGGUUAUAGUUGCAACUGGAUUUAUUCAUCUUUUGGCUGAAGCCGAUGAAGCCUUGACUGAUGAAUGUUUGGGUGGAGUCUAUGAAGAAUACCCUUGGGCUGAAGGGAUUGCUCUCAUGGGGGUUUUCGUUAUGUUCUUCCUUGAUGUACUUGCUCAUAAAAAAAUCGAACAAAAAGUCAAGUCUAAAUGUUGCACAGUUGAAAAUAUCAAUAUCCUUAAUAGCGGUUCAAAUGAAGUAACUGAAAGUGAUGAUAAAAAAUCUGAAAAAAAUGAAAUUCAAGAAAAUGCAGAGGAAACCAAAACCAAAGAUCUGGACCUUGAAAAUUUCUAUUCCCAAAUCUUGAAUUCUUUUGUUCUUGAAUUUGGUAUUAUUUUCCAUUCUGUUUUCGUUGGGUUAUCUUUAUCCAUUGCUGGUGAUGAAUUUAGAACCUUAUAUGCUGCUAUUUGUUUCCAUCAAAUGUUCGAGGGCUUAGGCUUGGGUACUAGAUUUGCUACUACUCCAUGGCCAGAAGAUAAAUCUUACACUCCUUGGGUAUUAUCUUUAGCUUACAGUUUGACUACUCCUAUUGCAAUUGCAAUUGGUUUGGGUGUAAGAAAAUCGUAUGCUCCUAAUUCGGCUAAAGCUUUGGUGGUUACCGGGGCCUUUGAUGCUGCUUGUGCUGGGGUUUUGAUUUACAAUAGUUUAGUAGAAUUAAUGGCUUACGAUUUCAUGUACUCUACUGAAUUUAAAGGUGAAAAUGAUGGUAUGAAAAAGACCUUGUUUGCUUUUACUUGCUUGAGUCUCGGGGCUUUUGGUAUGGCUAUUAUUGGUAAAUGGGCUUAAUAUUUGGGUAGCUUCUUCAUGUGUAUUUAUCUUUCAUUUCUCUAUAUAAAUCAAAUAUCUAUUUAGAUG